AUGCAGAUUACUUGUCGGCAGUGUAGACGGGUAGUGGGUGGUAAGUGGUCGGGACAUAAAGGAUGCUUAGUAGUAUUGAGUGAGGAAGUGCCGGAGGGAGUGGUAGUUGAGUUAGAGAGGAUAAAAUGUAGUGGGUGUAGACGGGGACUGGGUAGAGUUAGAUGGUGGGGGAGUAAGUGUACGUGUGGUCGUUGGGUCUUUCCUUAUAUUGCUAUCAAUCUUAGUGAUGUUGAUUUGAGUUAA